GGAGGGAGGCGGCCGCUCCCGCUGCAAGAUGGCGGCGCAGAGGAGGAGUCUGCUGCAGAGUGAACAGCAGCCCAGUUGGACAGAUGACUUACCGUCCUGCCAUCUCUCUGGUGUGGGCUCAGCUCCAAACCGUUGCUACAGUGCAGAUGGCAAGGGGACAGAGGGUCACCCCUUGGAAGAUAACUGGUUAAAAUUCAGGAGUGAGAACAACUGCUACCUCUAUGGUGUCUUCAAUGGCUAUGAUGGCAACCGAGUCACCAACUUCGUGGGUCAGAGGCUCUCUGCAGAACUGCUGCUGGGCCAGCUCCACGCAGACCACAGCGAUGCUGACGUGCGUCGAGUUCUGCUGCAGGCUUUUGAUGUGGUGGAAAGAAGUUUCCUGGAGUCCAUCGAUGAUGCCUUAGCAGAGAAGGCCAGCCUGCAGUCUCAGCUACCAGAGGGUGUCCCUCACCACCAGCUCCCUCCUCAGUACCAGAAGAUUGUGGAGAGGUUGAAGAUUGUAGAGCAGGAGAUCUCUGGAGGAGCCAUGGCUAUUGUGGCUGUCGUUCUCAACAACAAACUCUACAUCGCCAAUGUGGGUACCAAUCGGGCACUGCUGUGCAAGUCCACGGUGGAUGGGCUGCAGGUGACUCAGCUCAACGUGGACCACACGACGGAGAAUGAAGAUGAGCUCUUUCGCUUCUCUCAGCUGGGCUUGGAUGCAGGGAAAAUAAAACAAGUGGGAACUAUUCGUGGGCAGGAAAGCACUCGGCGCAUUGGAGAUUACAAAGUCAAGUACGGCUAUACCGAUAUUGAACUGCUCAGUGCUGCUAAAUCUAAGCCCAUCAUAGCAGAGCCUGAAAUCCACGGAGGGCACUCGCUGGAUGGGGUGACGGGCUUCUUGGUGCUCAUGUCAGAAGGGCUCUACAAAGCACUGGAGGCAGCUCAUGGGCCUGGGCAGGCCAACCAGGAAAUUGCAGCCAUGAUAGCCACAGAGUUUGCCAAGCAGACGUCGCUGGAUGCUGUGGCACAAGCAGUGGUGGACCGGGUUAAGCGCAUUCACUGUGACACUUUCGCCAGUGGCGGGGAGCGGUCCAAGUUCUGUCCCCGUCACGAAGACAUGACGCUGCUUGUGAGGAAUUUUGGGUACCCCCUGGGUGAGAUGAGCCAGCCCACGCUGACACCAACACAAGGAGGCCGUGUCUACCCAGUCUCUGUGCCAUAUUCCAGCUCCCAAAGCACAAGCAAGACGAGUGUCACGCUGUCUCUUGUCAUGCCUUCUCAAGGCCAGAUGGUCAAUGGUGCUCACAGCAGCUCAACUCUGGACGAAGCCACUCCCACCCUCACUAACCAAAGCCCAACGGUGACGCUGCAGUCGACCAACACUCACACGCAGAGCAGCAGCUCGAGUUCGGACGGAGGUCUGUUCCGCUCCCGCCCCGCCCACUCGCUGCAGCCCGACGAGGAUGGCCGUGUGGAGCCCUACGUGGAUUUCGCAGAGUUUUACCGGCUCUGGAACAUGGACCAUGGCGAGCAGGGAGCACUGACUGUGUCCUAACUUGUGUCUGCCUCCUGCAGACACCCUGUGCUCCCCUGUGUGAGCAGAGACUGAGGCAAGGGUCAGAGUGUUCCACUGAGGGCUGCCUUCUGCCCACAGCUAGCUCCUGUCCAGGAUGUGCUGCACGCUGUGCAGGGGAUCUUGUGCACUACACACGUGUUGCCUGUGCCCUGCUCCCAAUCCUGCCCAGCCCUGGGAAGCCCUGUGGAUAGGGGAAGGGGUUUUGAAUGCAGCCCUCACUGCAGGUUUUAGCAAAUAAAGGUGUGGAGCGGGCUCCUUGUGGAUGCUGCAGGAGCCGGGCCCGUGCCAAGGCUGCGUGUGUGCGCGUGUGUAGGUGUACACGUGUGUGCCUGCGUGUGUGUGUGUGUGCUGUCAUAAUGUUUCCACAACUCAAUUCAUAAUGCUGUGAUUCCAGUGUUCAACUCCAUAGAAGAUACCUCUAUUUUGCAGAAUAAAUAACUUAUAGCUACAGUCAUUGGCACCCGUGUGGCUUGCUCUCUUCCUUAUAAUGUCGUGUGUGGGUGUGACAGCUCCUCCUGGUGAAACCUUCUGUUCCUCCUGAACUGAGGCUUGCACCUUGCAGGAGGAAAGCUUCUGCUGAAAAAGUGGCCUGAAGCCUUAAGCAGGUGACUUAAAGGCAUAAGCUCUUUGUUUACUUACUUGCUGAGCGUUGGCACUGAAUUAUGGCUUAGAGUCAAACCAUAAAUAUGGGUUAUUGUUUUUUGUAGGUAAAAUGCAUGUUUUUUCCCUUAAUGUAGGCCAUCUGGAAAGGUGUAGGGGGCAGGUGGAGUUUGUAAUGAAGUUUCCCUGUACAGGCAGCUGGUGGUGCACAGCUGGCAGUCACAGCUCCCGUGGUGCCUGGAAGAUGCAGAUGGGCAGCCUCGUGUCGGAGCGGGGAGCUGUGCAGCGAGAGGAGGGUCCUGCUGCCUGCACACCGCCGGGAGCCCGGCCUGGCGCUGCUGGCCGGGACGUCGGGAUCACGGCAAUCCUCCUCUUCAGUUCAGAUUUCUGACGGCAGGCGGCAAGCGAGGCUCUUCCCUCCCGCCUCCAGCCGUCCCCUCGAGCCUCCCGGCUCCCUGCAAACCCGGAGGCCUGGGGGGUGACCCGCGGCACCUGGUACCUCUGGGGCACUGCAGUGAGGCACCAGGCAAAGCCAGGAGAGGGCUAGAGGGGAUCAGAGGAGAAGGGGCAAGAGGCAGGACUGGCCGGGGUUCUUCCCUGCGUUUAUAUUUGCAUCCAGCCUUGUCACUUUAGGAAGAAGUGGAAUGAGAGGGGAUUAGGAUGAUGCAGCACGGGAUGCUGUCAUUAAGGCCAGUGUGUAGCCAAGCCCUGAGGUGAGGUGCGCAGGUUUGAGGCACUUGUGGCACGCCAGCCUGGAGAGUAGGAGAGGAGGAUUUAUCCCUUUGGAUAAAUUAAGCAGCACUGAGUGCCCAGAGGCAAGACCCGAGCUCACUGAGAAACAUGUGGGCAGGAUCAGAGCGGUGGGAAACGCCCGUUUCCUGGGAAGGCACGGCAGGGAUCCCGUGUGGGUGUGGGUGUGUGUGGGUGCGCGGCUCCGCCUGUGCCCCUGCGGCUGCGGCUGGCACGGCUGUGCCCGCGGGGCUCCCUGCGCUGCCGGGCUGCCUGCA